GAGGCUGUUUCCGGGCCAUCCACAACUUCUUCCGGAGUCGCUGUCGAAGUAAAACGGAAGUGUCCCGGCGGAGGAACCUGGGUUUAGAAAGAGAAGGUAGAGGAGAGAAGAGUUCGGGUCUUCCUACAAGUCUUGGGCUUCCCUGAGGACGCUGGGGGGUCGGGGGCUCUGGCCCUCCCCCGCUGCGGAAGCCCGGGGAUGGCGACGGCAGGGACGGCUCAGGAGAAACAGUUCCCCCCGGCGCUGCUGAGUUUCUUCAUUUACAAUCCCCGCUUCGGCCCCCGGGAAGGAGAGGAAGAAAAGAAGAUUCUGUUUUAUCAUCCAAAUGAAGUGGAAAAGAAUGAAAAAAUUAGAAAUGUUGGAUUAUGUGAGGCUAUUGUACAGUUUACAAGGACCUUUAGUCCAUCAAAACCUGCAAAAUCCUUACACACACAGAAGAAUAGACAGUUCUUCAAUGAACCAGAAGAAAAUUUCUGGAUGGUCAUGGUUGUUCGGAAUCCCAUGAUUGAGAAACACAGUAAAGAUGGAAAACCAAUUGUUGAAUACCAAGAGGAAGAAUUAUUGGACAAAGUGUACAGCUCUGUACUACAGCAGUGCUAUAGCAUGUACAAGCUUUUUAAUGGUACAUUUCUGAAAGCCAUGGAAGAUGGAGGUGUCAAGGUUUUAAAAGAAAGAUUAGAAAAAUUUUUUCACCGGUAUUUGCAAACCCUGCAUCUACAAUCAUGUGACCUACUUGACAUUUUUGGUGGAAUCAGCUUUUUCCCAUUGGAUAAAAUGACUUACUUGAAAAUCCAGUCCUUUAUAAAUAAGAUGGAAGAAAGCUUGAAUAUAGUUAAAUACACUGCCUUUCUCUAUAAUGAUCAACUCAUCUGGAGUGGAUUAGAGCAAGAUGACAUGAGAAUUUUAUAUAAAUACCUUACUACUUCUCUAUUUCCAAGACACAUCGAGCCUGAGUUGGCAGGAAGGGAUUCACCAAUCCGAGCAGAAAUGCCAGGAAAUCUUCAACAUUAUGGAAGAUUUCUUACUGGGCCCUUGAACCUUAAUGAUCCAGAAGCAAAAUGCAGAUUUCCCAAAAUUUUUGUAAAUACAGAUGAUACUUAUGAAGAGCUUCAUUUAAUUGUUUAUAAGGCCAUGAGUGCAGCAGUUUGUUUCAUGAUUGAUGCCUCUAUGCAGCCUUCUUUGGACUUUUGCCGAAGAUUAGACAGCAUCGUUGGACCUCAGCUCACAGUUUUAGCAUCUGACAUUUGUGAACAGUACAACAUCAACAAAAGAAUAUCAGGAUCUGAAAAGGAACCCCAGUUUAAGUUUAUCUACUUCAAUCAUAUGAAUUUAGCAGAGAAAAGUACAAUUCACAUGAGGAAAACACCUAGCAUAUCACUUACAUCUGUUCAUCCUGACCUUAUGAAGAUUCUAGGUGAUAUCAACAGUGAUUUUACAAGAAUGGAUGAAGAUGAGGAAAUCAUCGUGAAGGCAAUGAGUGACUAUUGGGUUGUUGGGAAAAAAUCUGAUCAGCGAGAACUGUAUGUUAUUUUGAAUCAAAAAAAUGCAAACCUGAUUGAGGUCAAUGGUAGAAUGAACCAAUAAGAAGGAAUAAGAAAAGAUUCUCAUCCACAAGGAAGAAUUCAUUGCAAGGGAUGGAAAUGAUGGCAAACUUGGAGGAAAAUGACCACUACAUCUUAGAAUUUGAGACAGCCAAAAAAGAAAAGAAAAGAAAAGUUGGGAUUAGUCUGACUUUGAGCAGGAAUUUUGAAAGGGUGAAUUUCUAAGAGUUCAGAGAAAAGACAGAUGGGCUUCUAUGACCAAAAAGUUCUACAGGAAGAAUGAGAAGCACUAAAUGAAAUGUAGAAGACAUAAGAAAAAUAUUUCUGAUUUGGAGGAAAAGGAAAAGUUGUUUAACAAUGUGGAUACAAACACAGUCAAGAUGGUGGAAUAAGGCAGGAACUCCCUGAGCUCUCCCAUAUUCACCUGCAAACAACUAUUUUUAAAAGUCUCAAAACAACUUCUGGAGGAGCAGAACCAACAAAAGCAGGGCAUGGGGUGGUUUGAAACAACCUUCCAUCCCAAGACAACUUAGAAGCAUGGGAGGAAAGCUCUGACUUGCUAUGGUAAGGGGGAAGCACAGUCCAGCACAGGCAGCAUCCGGGCACCAACAGCAGGCCAUGCCCUAGCAAGACUCCCACAUCCCCAAGGAGGGCAGGCCAGCAUCCAGGCUCCUGUGCAAGAAGUUUGGGCCAAUGGACCCUCUGCUUCAGGAGUAGAGUUAAAUCUUAAUGUUAAGUUAAAUCAUGAAAUAGGCUAGAAAAAUGAAAUGAAAAAGACCAACCAAAAAUUUAGUAUGGCAAUGGGGAUUAUUGAAAUACAAACUCAGAUAACAUCAACAAUGUCAAAACACCUACAUGUAAAGUCUCACGGAAAAAUGUAAAAUGGUGUCAGAAAGAACUCCCAAAGAAGCUAAUCAAAGGAUUUUAAAAAUCAAAUGAGAGAUUGGGUACAUGGAAAAAGAUGUAUAAAAACACACUGAAAAAAAAUAAUUUCUUAAUAAGUAGACUCAUGAGACAUCAAGAAAAAAAAUCAAAUAAAAUAAAAAGAAUUAAAAAAUCAAAUUAGAGAUACAGAAGAAAAAUUGGAAAAAAGAAAUGAGAGUGUUUCAGGAAUGAAAAAAAAGUCUUGUUAAAUGGAACACAAAAAAUGGGGAAAAGUGUACAAGAAUUCAACAACUUCCUAAAAAGCAGAAUUGCUCAACUAGAAAAGGAGAUACAUAAGUUCAAUAAAAUGAUAAUUCCUUAAAAGUCAGAAUUGGAUAAAUAUUCCAUAAGAUAUCAAGAAGCAAUAAAAUAAAAUAAAAGGAAUUUUUUAAAUGGGGGAGGGGGAAAGUGAAAUAGCUCACUGGAAAAACAAUUAACCUGGAAAAUAGAUCUAAAAGAGAUCAUUUAAGAAUUAUUGAAAGCCAUGAUCAGAAAAAGAGCCUAGACAUCAUAUUUCAAGAAAUUAUCAAGGAAAACUGCCCUAAAGUUCUUGAAUAAGGGGAUAAAGUAGAAAUUGAAAGAAGCAACUGAUUAAUUCCUGAAACAGAACCCAAAUGAAAACUCCCAGGAAUAUUAUAGUCAAAUGCCAGAGCUCCAAGGCUAACUCUACUACUGUGAAACCUUGAACAAAUUACCUAAUAUUGCUGGGGCUCAACUUUAUCAUCAUUAAAAUAAGACUAGAUAACUGAGUUUCUCCCCAUUCUAAGUCUACAAUAAUUAUCAUUUUGUUAUCCUGGAUACAGAUGGCAUGAGAGUAAACUAACUUCCUUUUUUUUUUACAUCCUUUCUAGACUAGAAGAUUACAUAGAGAUGCUCUAAGUUAUGCAGCUUAUUUAGAAUUUAACAGCAUUUCCUGAAAUCUCUGAUGUUUUAGAGGACUUCAUUAAAAGAUAUGGAUUAGACAGUAAUACGAUUAGGCAGAUUCAGUGGCUCUAUUCUUGGUUCCAAAACUACUUAGAAGGCAGCCUUCACUUCAGCCCCCACAAAGAGCUGGGCUUGGGCCUCUACUAUUUAACAUUUUUAUCAGGAUUUGGAUAAAGGUCUGGAGGGCAUGACUGUCAAAUAUGCAAAUGGCACAAAGCACAGAGUGAAAGCUGAUAUCAGAGUCAAUCUAAAUAUUGAGUCAAAUCUCUUAAGAUUAAAUUUAAUGGAGUAAGUGUAGUUUUGCAUUUGGGUUAAGAAAAUCAAUAGGUAGAAAGUGAGGGAGGCAUGAUUAUCCAUUUCUUCCUAAAGUUAGACAUCUCUAGCACUGGGCUUAGAAUCAGGAAUCAUCAUGAGUUCUAUUCUGGCCUCACACAAUUACUAUCUCUGUGGCCCUGCACAAGCCUCUUUGCUUCAAUUUCUUCAUCUCUAAAAUAAGCUGGAAAAGGAAAUGCAAACCACUCCAGUAUCUCUGCCAGGAGAUAGUGUCAUGAUGAGUCAAACACUACUGAAAAGAUACAACAAUAAAUUAGCUGGGUUUUAAAAAUAAAACCCUUUAUCCUCGGAAGCCUUUGAAGUCCUUCCCUAAAAACUGGAACACCGAUCCAUUGUUGGUCGAAUUGUGAUCUGAUCUAGUCAUUCUAGAGAACAAUUUGGAACUAUGCCCCUAAGUCUAUAAAACUGCACACCCCUUCAUCCAGUAAUACCACUACCAAGUCUAUGUCCCAUAGAGAUCCAAAAAGGGGGGUGGUGGCAGUAACCUAUUUGUACAAAAAUAUUUAUAACAGUUCUUUUUGUGGUGGUAAAGUAAGGAGAUGUCCAUCAAUUGGGGAAUGGCUAAACCAGUUGUGGUAUAUGACUGUGAUGGAAUACUCCUGUGCUAUAAGAAAAGACAAGCAGGAUAUUCCAGAAAUAUCUGGAAAGAUCUACAAGAACUGACGCAGAGUGAAGUGAGCAGAACCAGAACAUACACAGUGACAGCAAUAUUGUAUGAUGAUCAACUGAGAAUGACUUAGCUAUUCUUAGCAAUACAAUGAUCCAAGAUAAUUCUGAAGGACUUAUGAUGAAAAAUGCCACCUGUUUCCAGAGAAAGAACUAAUGGAACUUGAAUUCAGAUCAAAGUGUACUAUUUUUCACUUUUUAGUUUUUUUGGUGUGGGUUUUUUUAUUUUUUGGGGGGUGUUUAUAUGAGUCUUCUUUAAUAAUCAGACCAAAAUGGAAACAUUUUUUGUGAUCACACAUAUAUAACCUGGAAAUUGUUUGCCAUCUUAGGGAGGGGAGUGGAAAGGAAGGGAGAGAAUUUGAAAAAUGCUGUGAAAAUUGUUAUAAUAUGUAAAUAGGAAAAAUAAAAUAUUGAAAAAAAAAUAAAUUCCUCCCUGAAAUUCUUCCCAAUUUUGGCAAGAUUGAACCAGUAACAAGGUUAAAACAUUCCAGCAGAGUUAAUUGCUGUACAUAAAUUUUAAGAUUCUAUUUUUUUACCUGAUGUGU